AGUAUACUGCGCACAACCUACGUGCUUGCUAUAGCAUCGUAUAGUAUGUGUAUCUAUAGUAUGAUAAAAACGAAGAAAUUUAUCGCUAGUAAAGGAGAAAAUGAAGAGGACAUUGAUAUAAUAGAGUUGCGUAACAUUACGAAAUUAUAAUUUAUCGUCUACAAUCGUUUGUCUGAAUCUUUGGUAGUGAAAAAGGUAAAGUAGGAAAAAGCUGAUUGUCGUAAAUAAGGAUCGUGAGGAUUGCAAGAAAAUAUAGGUUAAAAACUGUGAAUACACGAGGCGGACGAUUACGGUGAAGGAAGGUGCAUAGUUAAAGGCGCGUAAAGCGUACAGCGUACAGCGUACAGCGACAGGUAUAGUGUAUAGUGCAUAGUGGAGUAGAGAAUAUUGGUGGAGGUGGAAGUAGAAGUGGAAGUGGAAGUGGAAGUGGAAGUGGAAGUGGCAGGAGCAGUGGUACUGGUUGGCAGUGUGAGAGAACGAAGAGGUGGAGAAGGCUUGGGGAAGGUUUACUAGCCGCCGGAAGAGCAUCAACGGCGACGGGGGCGGGGAAGCUGUCCACCGAACGGAACGACCGCUCGGUGAUACGAACGACGAGUCGAACGGUUCCCCGAACAACGACGGAUAUAUAACAACUUUCUACGAUAGCUGGCGAUUUUGUGCUAGUGAACGUCCAACGUUGGGGUUGGAAGGCGAGGAGGGAGGUGGUGGUGGUGGCGGCGGCGGAGGCGGAGGCGGUAGUGGCGGUGGCGGCGGUGGUGAAAGCGGUGGCAACGACGACGACGACGACGACGGUGACGGCGACGGCGACGGCUGAAAUACCGAUGGUGGCAUCGACAACAGUGUUGUUGUUGUUGUUGUUGUUGUUGUUGGUGGUGGUGGUGGUGGUGUAGUUGUGACAGUGACGGUGGUGGAACGCUGAAAGAGCUAAGCAAAGGAAAAGGACGAUAGGAAAUACACAAUAUAGGUAUAAUAAAAUAGAAGAGAGUUUGUUGAAGAAAGAAGCAAAGAACGGUAAAGCGGGUGUCGAAGAUGGCAGAUACAAGUCCGCAACCAGUGUUGUCUGAACCACACACGAAUGGAGUGAUGGACGGUUUAACGGAAGAAGAAAAAAGUAAGAUGCGACCCGCCGACAUUGAUGCGGAUAUGAGGGAAAUGGAGAGGAGGAAAAGGGUCGAAAUGAUGAUGAAUUCACGAUUGUUUCGAGAGGAGUUGGAACGCAUCAUUGAAACGCAAAUGAAAGACGGUGCUGGACCAUCGGGUCUGCUACAGCAAAUCUCAGACAUGAUGGGUGCGCAAGGUGCUCGGUUUAAUGGGAACGUCUUUAAAAAUUCAAACUGCGUAUUACCGAUCAACGAUAUACGCGGUGUCGAAAGCAUGGGUUACGCGAAAGGAGAGAAACUACUGCGUUGUAAAUUGGCUGCGGUAUUCCGAUUAUUGGAUCUUUACGGUUGGACUCAAGGUGUCGGUGGACAAAUUACGGCGCGUCUGAAUCAAGAUCAAGAACAUUUUUUAGUUAAUCCGUACGGCUUGUUAUACCACGAAAUCACUGCCUCGAGUUUGAUCAAGGUCGAUAUGCAGGGAUCGAUCGUCGAGCAGGGAACGACCAAUUUUGGGGUUCACGUGGCAGGAUUUCAAUUGCACUCGACGAUUCAUGCCGCAAGACCUGAUAUCAAAUGCAUCGUUCAUAUUACUACUCCGUCCGUUACCGCCAUCUCAUCGUUAAAGUGCGGAUUGCUGCCGAUCGGACAAGAAAGUAUAGUAAUAGGAGAUGUAAGCACGCAUCAGUAUAUAGGUGGAUCCUUCGAACCCGAGGAAAAGGAAAAAAUUUCGAGAAAUCUCGGACCGAUAAACAAAGUGAUGAUGUUAACGAAUCGCGGUGCUCUCUGUUGCGGAGAAACCGUCGAGGAAGCUUUCUUUAACGUUUAUAACAUGGUUUUAGCUUGUGAGACUCAGUUAAAGCUAAUGCCCGCUGGUUUGGAUAAUUUAAAUCUGAUUUCGGAAGAAUCAAAAAAAGCCAUAUUCGAGGCUUCGAGAAAACCACCGACACCGCAACAAUCGACCGUACCGAUAUCGGAUAGUACAGCUCUUGCUGAGAAACUUGAAAAGCGCUGGCGAAUCGGCGGAACUGAAUUCGAGGCACUCAUGCGAAUGCUCGAUAAUGCGGGUUUCCGUACCGGUUACAUCUAUAGAAAUCCGUUGGUGAAAGGAGAACCUCCACGACCUCGAAACGACGUUGAAGUGCCUCCGGCGGUUUCGUCGUUGGGAUAUUUGCUUGAGGAAGAAGAACUCUAUAAACAAGGACUCUGGAAAGGAGGUCGCAAAGGGACGGAUAGAUCGCGUUGGUUAAAUUCGCCUAACGUCUAUCAGAAGGUCGAAAUACUCGAAACAGGAACUCCUGAUCCGAAAAAGAUCACAAAGUGGGUGUCAGACGGCUCUCCGACCCAUACCAGUACACCGGUGAAGAUCGAAGGUGCCCUUCAAUUCGUACCGAAAAAUACCAAUCCAAAGGAGUUUAAGCAAAUACAGCAACAGAUAAAAGAUUAUCGUAGAGCCGAUAAAAUAUCGGCUGGACCUCAGUCCCAUAUAUUGGAAGGAGUUACUUGGGAAGAAGCGAAAAAGAUGCAGGAUGCAACUAUCAGUGGAACAGGAGAACAAGUGGUGUUGGUAGGGGCAGCCAGCAAAGGUAUCAUUCAAAGAGGCUUUCAACACAAUGCGAUGGUUUACAAAACUCCAUAUGCAAAAAAUCCUUUCGAUGCUGUUACCGAUCAAGAGCUGGACCAGUACAAAAAGGAAAUUGAACGCAAACAAAAAGGAGAUAUUUACGAUGAAUCGCAGUCAGAAUCGGAAGCAUUGUCAUCGUUUAAUGUCAGCCGUGCAACCCACGAAUCGAGCACUGCCAAAAGUCCUAUUCAGUCACCGGUAUCGGUAACUUCGGAAACGGAAGAAGAAAGCAGAGACGAACCUCGAGUAUUGCGAAUAGAGACGAAACAAGUGCCUGCACCGAGUCAACCUGAAGUUGUAUUGAGCGACGAUGGUGAUUCGUCGAGCAGGUACUGCAGUGAAAGCGAUAGCGAUAGCGAUAGCGAAAGCGAAGACAAGUUUUCGGAAAUAUAUAGCGAAGAGCCGCGUUUAGAAAUAGCUCGAAGCGGUGUUGUUGCAAAACGAUUGACGCCUACCUUGAUCGCCUAUCCACCGGUCGUUCUAUCGAAUUCGUCUUUGAGCCUGAUGAAAGAGAAAAAGUUGCACUUAAGAACAGAAGGUGACGGAAAUUCAUCGAAAGUUGUUGAUCGUGAGAAGAACGUUCCUGUUUUGUCGGUUUCCUUUUACGAACGGAACGACGAAAAGACACGAGAAACUGUCGAAACUGUCGAAACUGUCGAAACAAUAAAAGCCAGUGUCGACAGUAAGAAUGUGAACACUUUUUGUUCGUCAAAGACGAGAUCGAAAACGAAGACGGAAAGAAAAGAAACAGAAGACGUUUUGCUUGAUUCAAGUUUCGAAAUUUCUAAAAAGUGUAACUUGGAUUCCACCGAUAUGAGUUUGAUAUACAGUUUAACGCCAUUGCUGGACCCAGAGUAUCAGGAGAAUGCGAACGAGGAACGGACCUCUAUGUCGUCUAUGUCGUCGAUGUCGUCGAUGUCGUCUAUGUCUGCCGAACGCACACUUACCUUGGAUCGAUCAAUGGGCGAACGUUUGAAUCAGAAGUACCGUAUAUACGAAGAAGCGACAUACAAUUGCGACUGGUUCGAUUCGUCGUAUGACGACGGUAGCGAUACGUACGAAUCGUUUGAUGAAAUUUGCACGGAAAUCGGAGAUGAGGUUUCUUCCGAUAGCGAACGUUUCGAGAUUCGUUCGAAGGAAUUACCUUCUGAUGCAAUUUUUCACUUUUCAGUAGAGAGGAACGAUGAAUUGUUUGGAAACGGUAUUAGUGACAGUGCGAACGAAAUUAUCGCCGAACUUGACGCCUGCGAUACUUUUGCGAGUAUUUCUUCUUUGUUAGAUGAGAUUUUCCAGAGAGUUUGCGAUACUCUUUUCUAUCGUUCCCUUGCCCAUUCUCGGUUUUUCAAUUUCAAUUUAAUCUCAUCCUCGAUUUUAACGAAGGAAGACGAUCGCGUCUUUUCUCAGCCGCAAAAUGCACCACCACGACAAACUAUUUUCACGACCAACCGUCUCGAGGAAAACUCGCAGCUCUUGGUCGUAGACGAGAUUAUACAUCACGUGAUAGAUGUGCGCGACGAAACGAUCGAUUGUUCGUUUAAGAGUGCCAAAGACAUUGCUAACGUAGAACUAAAAGAAGUACGAGACGGUGUCGUUACGAACGAUGAUGAGGCAGAUUCUCGUAAUCGUUUUGAUUCUCGAACCAGCAGCGGUUCCCAGAUCGCUUCAACUCCAUUCAGCGUAUCUCUCGAGAGGUUGAUCGAAACGGACCAAGCGACAGUAAAAUUCUCUGAAACAAUUGAGACGGCUAAACCUACUAGUCGUGAAAGUGCAGCUGCUAUUUUCGAAUUUUGUACGAUAGCAUCAAACGUCGAUGAUGCAGCGUUACGAUUGAACUUUCGAGUAGAGAAGGCUGAUUGCGCUAAAACUAUUGUGGAUGCUAACGAAAUAAUUCUCUCAAAUAGUAGCGAUCUUGAAAAGAGUGAGAAUUUUCUUCAAGAAGGAAAACCGUCCGAUUCUCUUAUUACUUUGCUCCGAGAUACUACGAGUACGACUAGUUGUCCUCAAAGUGAAGAAAUGCUAAUGGAACUCGAGAACAAUUUCGACGUUGAGUGUACCUAUUGCACCGAGUUUUGCACGAUGAAGAAUCACGAUGAACAACACUGUUUCCGUUUAUCGCCUAUAAACGAAGAAGUUAACGAUGCGAUGAUAGAUUCAAAGAAAAUACUAGAAGAAACAAAUUAUCACGGCGACAAUUAAACGUUUUAAUUUUUCUUUAUGAUUCGUAGAAUCGUACAAUUCUCGAGUUCACAUAUUCUCAGUUUCUUUCACUUUUUAAUUUUGCCGAAAAAGUUGUGUUAUAUACUCUUUUUUUUUUUUUUCUCUCUCCUUUAUCAAUUCGAAGAGUUCAGUGUUUUCAGAACUACAAAGUAAUGUUGUGUACGAAAUUGACAUUUUUAUUUUGUUUGUUGGUUUGUUAACACACAUAAGAUUCGUACUAAUCCUAUGUUCCUAAAGAUUGCUGUUUGCGCUACCAUGUUUUAUGUUUUCAUUUUUUACUUGACACUCGUUUUGCACGUAAAGCAUACUUUGUACAUGUGAAAUAAACCUUUCUUUCUAUUUCGUGUGAUUUACAAGAAAUGAAAAAAGGAAAAACAAACGAAUUUAUAAUCCGUUGUUUCGCUUUCGUUGGUACGCUUUCAAAAUCGAAGCAUUCCAAGAGGAAAGAUCAAUCAUACGUUGAUUUUGUUGUCGAAGG